AUGGCCCAAAAAACAAAGAAAGAUGAGACGAAAUUCAAGGUCAUACCUGAGGCCAUCACGCUAUGUGUUAAAUGCGGUGUUGCUUUGGCCAAGGAUUUGCGUAAAAAAUAUUUCAGCGCCACCGCAGUUGGGUCUUCGCUUGAGAGGAAAUUGAAACCUGUGGAGAUCAAUAAGGGUUUGAAGAAAGAGGAUUUGGAGUCGACGGAGCUUUUACAUGUGAAGAAAGAGGUAAAUUGGUGCUCUAAUUGCCAGAGGAAGGUCAAUUUGACCAAAUUUAGAUGUAGAUACAGCAAGCUCUUUUACGCCAAUCAUCGUUAUUCCUAUUGGCACGACUGCAGCUACAUCUACAAAGCUGCUGGAAGAGAGGCUAUCUCAAGGGAAGAUCAGGUUGUUAAAGCAGCUAAAAUUGUCAAAUUUUGA